GUCUUGAGUAUGUGCAACGUCAGUCUUGUUGCCCGUCGAGGUGGAUUUCGGUUCGUAGUUCGCACUUACUGAUAUUGUUAAAUAACAGAAUUUCCAGAUAAGUGUUUCGAAAUGUUUUUCACGAGGUGUGCCGUCUUUUUUUUGAUUAACUUUUUGAUUGCUUUCAAUAAUGCUCGUUCGGCUCCUAUAUUGGAUGGAAGCGCCGCCGUGGAUAAUCAGACUCCAGUCGAAUAUUUAAAGGCUGCUCCGGAAAAUCAAAAUGGUCGAGAGACUGUUCUACUAGAGUCUGAGCAUCCAGUGUCCGCCAUUCUCUCCGUCUAUGAUGAUAAACAGAAGAAAGUUUCAGAUUUUCUUAAUCCGAGACCAAUCAUCGACACCAUAAGCGAACAUGAAAAGUAUGGAAACGAAGGAGAUCGUUUUUAUGGAAUCGGACGAGCAAUUGUGAAUGGUUACGAACAAUUCGCCAAUUUCAUGAAUAAAUUACUAAAUGCUCCAGGCCAAGCCACCAGAUCGAUUUCGAGCGGUAUUACGAAAAAAUUGGAUCAACUAGGCGGAAAAUUAGUUGGCUUAGCGAAAUGAGAAGUGAGAUUUCUGUGUUGUCUAUUGUUAGUUUUUAGCCUGUUAAUUCACAUUCAUGUACAAAAGCACUGAUUUAUGAAAUAUACUUGUUUUCAUUGGAA